UCAAACCUUGAAGGAGAUAGAGCCAUUCAUCAGCGCUACUAAAAAGGAAGGAGCUUAUUGAGUUAUUGAUGGUUUCUUUUGCAAUCAGUUUCUCUCCGAACCUACUUCAUGGCCAUGGUACUUUGCAGGUCAAGUCUUGUUCUCAGUCGCAAACCAAGAAACGCUGUUUGAGAUGUCACACUCUCUACUCAGACCAAGACAAUUCCCCAAUUUCUUGCUCCUUCCACGGCCACAUCAACGGGGAGAAGGGUCUGUUUUCGUUGGCGCCACCGCACCAAGGAAUAGAUGGGGAAUGGAGCGAUAAAUCUGGAGUUAUAGUUUACAAAUGGAAUGACAAAGAUAACAGACCAAACACUGGCCGCGCCAAUUGGAAGAGAAGAUGGAGCUGUUGUGCUGAGUAUGAUGAGAAUUCACCCCCUUGUAGACUCGGUUGGCAUGUUUCUUAUGAUGACGGUGAAACUCUCUAUUAGUUAACCAACUUGGUCGAGUGUUUAUAAGAUGAGAGACUCGUCAACUUAAUACCUUAAGAUUUUGAGUUGGAUAUGGUGUAUGUGGCCCAACAGUAGUCUUUUCUGUUAGCUUAGCUAUCAUUACAGUUUUCAUCUCUUCUUUCAGUUGGUUUAUUACUUGUUUCAUGGCUAAAAGAUACAAAGGUUUGAGAAGAUUUGGAUUUUGGAUCGUCAAGUGUAUAGUUGAUGUUGAAUUCGAGAUGUCUUGUUAACAAUCCUUUAACCAAUUAACCUUGAGAC